UCAACAUAGUAACCCGGGAAAGGCGAGCUAGAGGCGGAUACUAACAUUUAUCUAAACAUAUAUGUACAUUUUCUUAGCAAUCUGGACAUAUGUACACUAGAAUAAAAGCUGGAACAAUGGGUUCAUGUCCCUGAAAAAAGUUGUUCAUGUAGUUGGUAGAAACAGCUAGCGCUGCUCUGCUAACACUAGCCGGCUAAUGCUAUCGUUAGCAAACAGACCUCUGAUCCAACCUGAAGAAGUCCGAACAAGUUGGGAUUUUCUCAUCAUGAGGACAUCGGCGUGACAGUGGACACCUAGAAACCGAGUCAUUUCCCGACAGGUGAAUGUGAGAGAUGAAGAGCAGCCGGAGGAGUGAAGCAUCUCUUAAAAGAUCAAAUCAACUGCUUAGUGAUCACAGUAUUGGCACAGAACUGACGAGUGCAUGGAGGAGUUUGUCUCAGUCAAAAGCUGCUCUGCGGCAUAUAGAAAACCGUUUAGAGGCUACACCCGGAACAGGGGUUAUUCUGGGUUCUAUCACUGACUCCCUCAAGAGGAAAUCUUCCAGAACAGGUCGAACCAGGGAUGGACAACAAGUUGAUGAUAAUGGAGGGUCUUCAAAACCCGGGAGUGGAAGUCAGCAGAGUCCAUCAAAAAGCAGCUCGCGCAGUCCCUUGAGAAAUGCUACCCAUGACAGCAAUGUACGAAAAAAUAGCAGCGUGGAGUUCAAGGAACCGUUAGCCUCAUACAGAGAGGUCACGCCUCCACCACAUCCCUUCUCUCAGUCAGAGGCCUACAAUCUGCAGUCAGUGCCAGGGUCUUCGUACCUAUCCUCCACAUCCCACUCAGAUCCUCUGCCCAGCCUGCUGGUCUACCAGAGAGAUACCAGGGACAAACAAACAAGCGGGGAUCUGGACAGCAUACACUCGUCUGCUGUGGAGAGCACUGCAGUCCGUUUCCUCAAUGACCAGCCAGUUCUGGAUGUUCUUCAGGCAGAGGAAAAAUCUCUCAAAGCCCAACUUAUGGACAGCCAAGAGUCAAGCCCAUGCACAGCUCCCAUCCCGGGAUCUUCUUCACAUCACGGGGGGGAGAGUUCUCCUUCCACAAGUCCUGGCUCAGCUUCCCAACGACUAGAGAACUUAAAGCGACAUCAGCCUGAUGGGAAACUUGAGAAGCUCAAAGAGCGCAUUCGAAGACAGAGAAAACAUCUUGAGGAAGCUGCAGAGAAAGAAAAGCUGCAGAGUCAUCUGGAGCAGCCUGUAGUUGCAUCUGCACAGAGUAACAAUGCUGGUUCAAGAAACAUGCCUGCAGUCAUGAUACGGAAAGUAGCAACUGCACCACCGGCACCUAUAUACAAAGGUUUUAACAAUACUGAGACAAAAAUCCAGACUCCCGAUGGCAAAGUUUGGAAAGAAGAGGAGUUUCAUAACCUCAGUAGAGAAAUUUACAGAGACCUAUCGCGUCAGUUUGAUGAGAGCACCAGGCACCAGCAGCAGAGGGAACAGAGACCAGAGAGGUCCAAAGAGAGGAGAUCAAUGAAACCAGUUAGGAAGGUUCAUAAAGUUGCCACUGAUGUGAACUCAAAGCCAGUAAUUAGCCCAGCAUCAUGGCGAGAAGGCCAGAAGCUGGUAAAGAUGGUGCUUGGUCCAGUUCCUAAACUUCCCAGAGAGGAGCACUGUCCUCGUUCAUCUGACAGACAGAGUCAAACAGUUUUCCGUCGCCGGUCACAGCCGCAUGUCGAGCCAAACAGAGACUCUCGCCCAAACAGCACAGAGAGGCCUCGAAGUGGAUUUCAGAGGCAACCCACAAGCCACCCCACAACCACAAAUAUGCCCAUGUCUGCAGUUCAGGAAAAUAUGGGAGUAAGCUCGAACCUGCUGUCAGCAGAUAUCCAAGGGAUACUUGACGACCUUCAACUAGAUUGCAAACCUGCUGAGAAAGAAGAGAGGGCCCGUAAAAGCUCCCGAGGUGGCAGUGGUAGUAGAAGAGGGAGAGGGAGCUCGGGGUCACGAACAAGGACGCCUGUCUCUGCUUGGGGAGCUACAGUGGCAGUAAACGGCAGCGUAAGAAUUAGCCGUAGUGCCAGCCCGAAUACACGCCAAUCAGAUAGCACCAACAGGCCUGACAAGGGGGACAAGAAGCGACACUAUGAUGCAGAUUCAGUUCGGCAGUACAUUGUGCGACAGCAAGAGGAGAGAAAGAGGCGUCAGGCUGAAGAAAAGAGGACAAUGAAAGAGGAAGCAGAGAGGAGAAACCAGAGACUGCAAGAGCUCUACAGAAAGCAAAAAGAAGUUGCUAAAAUUGUGGCCCUUUCCACAGAAGUGCCUGUGGUCCCAGUACAAAAGCGACUACAAGAAACCUACACCAAACUGCUGCUUAUAGAGGAAACACAGACACAGCAUGCUGCUCCUUCCCAUCAGACGGUGCCAAUGUACCUGCCAUCAGGAGAGUCGGACAAAGAGAACAAAAGACUAGAGGCCCCACAAAGCCCCUCGAGUAGUGACAAGUCCUUGAAUGAUCAGCCUCCACCAUUAUCAAGAAACGACCUGGAUGUCGGAGUUGUCUCUUUGUUUCAUCCAGACCAUCUGCAUGCAGCUCUUCAACCAGAAGCGGGUUCCAGUAGCAGUUUUCAUGCACCUCCUCCUGAACAACUCCUUUCUCAGUUAUAUAGGAUGGAGGCAGCAGCUGCUGCUAGUAAUGUAAAUUACACCUCACAAGCAAUUAGAGCUCCUUCCAACAUGUCUCAGUAUAAAAUGUCCCGUAUUGAGGCUCUGAAGGCCAAAGCCGCAUCGCUCUCCAGCCGUAUUGAGAGUGAGGCACGGAAGCUUGCCGGACAGGGGAUCAACUAUGGUGCAACAACUUCUAUGGAUUUUGAUACUGGUUUGGCUCCUAGAGCCUCUGAUCUCGAUGCUCAACGUGUGACAGAAGCAGCUGCUCAUGCUUCAGAACAUAAUGGUGUGUCUCUGGGGAAUCAGAGGAUUACAAGUCACAGUUUAUACAAUGGCACAGCUCUUCCAGGAGUAGGCAGUCUACAUGACUUUAGGGAAAAUGAAGAGAAUACGCACACCAAUUUCCCCAAUCCACGUGUUAUUUCUGCUGAUGUAGAAGGUCCCACUUUUAACAGUUACGCUCAAAAGAGGAGAAUGGAAAGUGACUUGGAAAUGGAAGCAAGAUCAGAUGAAGUAGCAUUAAGGACAAAAAGUAAUAAAGAAAAUCGAGCAGAUCUCCAUGACUCAAGUGCCGGUUCCAUUAGUGAGGGUCCUCUUUUAAGUGAAGGGAGUUUUUCUGAGGAUGAAGCAUGCCCUCCUCGCCGUUCAAGCAAUCCUAUACCAAGACCAGAUUGCAAAGAGACAGCGGAUUAUACUACAAGUCAAAUAAAGGAUCAUCAGCGGCUGUUAGAGUUUCAGAGGGAAGCAGCAAAGUGCUCACCCCUCAGCCCAACAUUUUCGCAGCUGGACAGCACCAAAGGACACUGGGAAGAACUGAACAAAGGGAGCCCUCUAAGUGUAAUCAACAUUUACACCAAAAAUCUCCAUGGCCAUGUUAAAAUAGGUGAAAGAAAUCUGGAGAGGAAUUCUCCAUCUGGCCAUUCUUUGCAUUCUGGAAAUGGUUAUGGAGUUGCGGGAGUAUAUGAAGAUGACUUUGUCUCAUCACACAGCUGUAAAGCCAGUGAACAUUUAAAAAGAGCCUCCAACUCACCCAGCUUGAACAGUCAUGUUAAAGAGCUGAUGCGGAAGUCUUCUCAUGAAGACAAUACAAGAAGCAUUAAUUCCCAUCAUUCAUCUUUCCCUUCAUUCAGUCAAUCACAUCUUUCCUCCCCUUCAACAUCUGGCUCCUCACCUCAUUCCAGGCAUUCCACCAGGAAAAGAGGAACACCGUCAGACCAAAGUGAUGCCACUCUUGUUGAAGAGCAGAGGAGCUCUUGCUCACCCCCUUCUGAAGUGCGAUCCUGUGACUCCAGAAAGAGAAGUUCAGACAAAAGACCUGCCCUUUCCCUGGCCAAAAGUGUGCACACUCAUGAUACGUUAAGAGAAUUUACAGGGCAUUCUCCCCAAAGGCCCAGAAUGCCUUCUCCCUCCCGCUCUCCAAGCGCUGGUUCUCCUGCAAGAACAGACUCUCUCAGUGAGCCUUUGAGAAACGCGCCUCUCAUUGCCAAUAUCCCAAACCCAGGCACCUCAUCUCGCGGUUGUAGGGCAGAUAUGAGAUCCACAGGCGAGCUACAGUAUUCCCCUGCAGUCCUACAGCAGCGUAUGACAGCAGAGCUUCAAUACUUUGAGUCAAUUCAGGAGUCGCUUAAGCAGCUGGGGGAUGUGGAGAGGCUGAUGGGUGUGUCUAUGGCACAACAGGAGAGUGCAUCAUUGGCUCAAAUGCUUAAGGCGAAGGAGCACCGCCAUGAGCGUGACCUCUAUGAACUGAAAAUCAAGGCUGAAAGAGAAGCUCUCGAGGCAAAACUACAGAUGGAAGAAAAUAGACAGAGAGUGGCAAGGGCACAUAUAGAACUGCAGGGAAGCUUGGCAGCAUCUCAGAAAGAGACUUUGGAAGCCCUCCAGGAAUCAACUGCUAAGAUGAUGAGCCAACAGGCUGAGCCAGCACAACACACAGCGGAUGCAGCUCAACACAUUAGAGAGAUGACAGAGGUGGCCCGGUCUCAGAUUGUAGGAACUUUAGUUGCCUCCACUGUUGCCACUGAUUCUGCCAUAUCAGACCAACAGGAAGAACAAGAGAACAGCUUCAUAAAACAGCGAGAUGACAAAGGGGAAUCUGACAGUUUUCGGAGUGAAGUUUGUAGUGGAAGAAGCAGGUCAGAAGUACCUCUGUCUUCACUGAACAGCUUCAGCCAGUCUGACUCGCUUUCCUUCAGAGGACCCCACCUCAGUGGAGCUACCUCUAGCAGCAGCCACCUCAGCUCUUCGCAUGUCUCAUCAUGCCACAGAGAUCGGACGAAAAAUGAUGUAGCAGAGGGAAAGCAGAGGAAUGAGAGAAUCAAGGAGAGACUGGAGGGGGAAGCAGCCAGCAGCUCGAUUGAGGAGGACAUUCCAAGACCAACAACUGACUCUCUCUGCAGUGACAGUAUCCCUUCUGUAGUGGAUGAAAAAGCAGAGAGUACAUCAGUGGCAACAGAGUACUCUCUCAAAUUUGAUGAGUCCAUGACAGAGGACGAGAUAGAGGAGCGCUCCUUCCGCUCUCUACUCCCCUCUGAGGCACAUCGGCGAGGAACUAUGGAAAAGAAGUCUCGCCUCCAUGAAGAAUCGGAGGAUGAUGCAGCAAGUCACAAUUCAACAAUGGUUUCAGGGACUGGAUCACACGAUACCUUUAAGUCUCAUGAUGCACACAUAACAUUUUCUAGUGGGCAGGACAACUUUUCCCAGUUCACUAUGGACAUGGUACGUCAGUACAUGAAGGAUGAAGAGGUAAGACUGCAGCAUCAGAGCUCUUUGCUGCACCUUCGCCAGAAAGCUCUGAAGGAGAAGACCAGAACAGAGCUAGCAUGGCUUGAGCUCCAGAAAAAGAGGCUCAGGGACAAGGGCGAGGAUGAUAAAAUGCCACCUAUAAGGAAGAAGCAAAGAGGACUUCUGAUUAAACUGCAACAGGAGCAGGCUGAGAUCAAGAGACUCCAAGAGGCCAAUAAAGCUGCAAGAAAAGAAAGGCAGUUGUUGCUGAAACAGCAGGAGGAGAUAGAACGUAUGAGAAACUCAACAUUCAGAUUGAAGGAGCGCCUCAAAUGUGCUGAGGGUGAAGAUCCACCUAAGUCUCCAGUGUCAGAACAACCAGGGCCUGAAGCAUCCUCCUCUAACAUGAGGCUUGCUGAUGACAUCCGGAGUCCUUCUCCCUCGCUCUCCAUUUCUGGAAGUGAAACCAGCAGCAUCAUGCAGAAGCUUAAGAAAAUGCGCUCUCACAUGGAUGAAAAACACUGUUCUCCUGUCCACUUCUUCUUCUCUGUGUUCACGGCCCACCAUUGGGCCUCCCUUAGUGUCUGUCUUCCCAACCUCCACCCUAAAUUCCAGCUCUUUAUCUACAACCAGUUGGUCAGGUUUCUUACCAAGCGAGAGCAGCAACUGAUGCAAAGGCGUCACCAUGCUGAAGAGCUGCUUCAGUGGAAACAGCGGCUGGACCGGGAGGAGGCAGAGGUCCGUAAGAUGGAGAAAGAGGCUUUGGCAGCGUGGGAACGGAAAAGACCUUGGGACAAGGAUCAUAAAAGUUCAGAAAGUCAGGGCAAGGAGAUCUCUGAAACUGGCUCACAUCCCAGUCCCCAUCAAAGCUCAGAGCUCAGAACUGACAGUGAAAAAGAGCUUGUGAGUGAGGACAAUUCAGUGACACCUGACUCCAGUAUACACACAGAGGCGACCGGAUCUCAGCAACUGGGAAAUCCCUGCUCAGCACAACUGGCUUCAGUGUCUGAAACACCUUUGGCCUCGUUCCAGAGCAGCCCGGCGAAUUACACCCAGGACUUCUCUUCAGGGUCACAGCCUCCGAGCAGAAAAUCUUCUCCACUCAAAGGCAGCCACAGCCCUGCUGCAUCUCCUUCAGAUAGCAGCACUAAAACCAAGAUGCAGCUCCGUUCUACCUCCCGUACACCCAGUGAGGCUUUCACUCAGCCCCCUGACCCUGCUGUGGCCACGCAGUCUGAAAUCAUUUCAGACCAGAGUGACAUAGAGAACCGUAUCAAGGCCCUGAAGGAAGAGCUUAAAAAACGGAAGCUUAUGGCUUACCAGCUAAAGAGGGAGCAGAAAAAGCGUCACAAGGAGCGCCUGAAAGCGCAGGAGGCGAGCCUCUUGAAACAACUGGAGAGCUAUAACAACUUCAUUGAGAAAACGAAGGCGGAGCUGAGCAAAGAGACAGACUCCACUGAAACCAACUCACAAAUCAGAGAUUCUGGCUCCAUUUUAGAGCAGCCAACUGUUAAACCACCUCCAAAUAGGACUGAAACCAGCAAAAGUUCUGACUCUGAAAGGACACUAAACAAUAUAACAUUAGAUCGCAAUGCUGUUCGUCAAUCGGAUCAUAUCACAUCCACUGCUUUGGCUGAAGACUUGCCGGAUGAGGCGCCACUAGCAGUCGCUGCAUCUGUGGUAGUGCAUAGCAGACCAGAUUGUGCAACCCCAGGACAGAGUGACCAUCAAUCAUCAGAGUGUUAUCGACCUUUGUCCAAGGCAGAGAGUGAAGAUGAGAAUCUGGUGACAGAUCAAAGGUCUGACAUUGAGGAAGAGCUGGAGGUAGAAGUAAGCUCCAGGUUUGAGGAUGAAUCUCCUCAAUAUGCGUUCAACCUGGAGAAGGAAGACGGACAUGAGUCUCAGGAGAAGUUGUCCAUACCUGAUCAUGUUGACUUUUCCAUGGAUGAAAAACACCAGCGUUCUCAAUUCAUUGACCUGGAACAGACUGAAGAGUUGAAACGUAGUGAGACAUCUAAAGUGGAGGAAGACAUAAUUUCAGAUAUUAUUGCCUCUCCUGAACCUCAUGCAGUUGAAGGUGGCCUGGACACUUCACCGCACGUAAGGCACAGCUCUUCAUCCAGUGACCGGCCCCAUGCCUGUGACUCACUUGCCUUAUUUUCAAAUAAAGAAGCACCCUUAAAUGAUGUUGAGGCUUCUCCCACAGCGGAUAGCUAUCGUGAUGAUUUUGACUCAACAAAUUCUUCUCCCAGGGAAGUUUAUCAAAAUUCCAAGCAUGAUUCUCAAAUCUCAGUCUCCCUGACUGAAAACAAGGAUUCAAGAAAGGGAUCCUCAGGCAGAGGACAGCCUGGCACAUGUGACAGCCAAGAUGAAGUGGUCGAAGAAGAACUAUGUGAGGAGUUGAUUCAACAUUCUGGUGAAAGUGAACACACCCACCAAUCUGGAAGACUACUAGAUAUCUACCAGCAGGGGGAAGAUUCAAAAUAUGACAACAAGAGCAUCGCUCCCAAAAAUGCACCACUCAUCUCUCCCUCGCAGACCCCUCCCACUCCUGUCACAGAUGAAAUGCCAAGUUUUAACAUUGGAGACCGGGUCCUUGUUGGCGGUGUUCAACCUGGAACGCUAAGAUUCAAAGGCCCAACUAGUUUCGCAAACGGCUUCUGGGCAGGCGUGGAGUUAGACAAAUCUGAGGGGAGCAACAAUGGCACCUAUGAUGGGGUAGUAUACUUUGAAUGUGAGGAAUGCCACGGUAUAUUUGCUCCUCCAGACAAAAUAACACACCUCCCAGACAAGUUUGAGGUCUAUACAGAUACAACAGAGGAUGAAGACUCGUUCUUUGAUGACUUGUCUGAUAAAGGUGGGAAUAAAAACAAGGAAAAUGAAGACAACGCAACAAAACAAAGAACUCUGGAAAGUAAAAAGGAGCAAACAUCUCACAACAACACUGGUUCUGAAGGAAACAACAUUAGUAAUGAGAAUAAUGACAUUUCACUGAAGGCCAGAUCCCAUCUUAAUUCACAACAUCAUAAAGAAACCAAGCAUCCACUUUCGAACGGCAAUACCAUGGACAUAAUUUUAGAUUUUGAGGAUGUGUCAAACUCUCUCCUCAUCUCUGACAUGGAUAAAAUGGAGCUGGUGAAGCAAACUAACCAGAAGACAGCAAGCUCUAUUGAGAGAGAGGACUUAGAUUUAACUAGACUAGAUUUAAAGCAGCACUUUAUUCCUGCCGAUCACACAACAGCAAUCCAGGAUGAAAAGGAACAACAGAAGGACAAAGAUUUGCUGGAAAAAUGUGCAGACAGGCUUCUCAACAACAUUUUGAAAGAGACCGUGAAUCAGUUUGCUGAAUUAAAAAAAGUAAAAGAGGAGAAGAUCAAAACUACCAACCAAAUGAAUGGAGGUCUAUUUGGCGAAAAUGAAGAGGACAGAUGGAUCUCUUCUGUGGAACAAAAAGAUGGUCUACCCUUCUUUCUACCAGCUGAAAAAGAGGAGCUGUCCUCUCCAGAGCUGUGUAACCGACCAGAGAGUCCUGUGUUGGGAGCCAGUGGUCAAGAGGAGCUUGCCAAGCGACUAGCAGAGUUGGAACUGAGCCGUGAGCUGCUAGAUGAGUUUGGUGAUGAUCAGGACUGGUUUGAUGAGGACUUUGGCCUUAGCUCACGUAGACAACAGCAGAGACUAAAAGAGAAAGAAGAGGAAGAAAAGUUGGGAGAUGAACCUGGGCUGUUUGCCUCAUCAGCUGGACUACCCCUGGGAGGAAUGGUUCCAUCAUUAAGUGGGGAACCUCAGGUGAAAACUCCACCUAGACCUGAGUUACCCCUCCCCUUGCCUCCAAAGCUACCUGAGCAGCCUGCGAUGGUUGUGCCCCACUCGGCCACAGAAGUAGAGAAAAUGGUUCAUGCUGCCACACAGGAGAUCUGGGAGACCUGCAACCUUGGGAAGGAGGGACAUGUGAACAUUUCACAACUGCCAAACCCUGCACCUUCAUUAGAGUAUCUUGGCAAAGAGUCCAGCAGCCAGGACCAGGAGGCCCUCUCUGUCCGCAGUUACCGAAAGGCUGUGUAUGACCUAACAUGGGAGAUACUUCAAGAGAUAUACGCUGAAAACACCAAUGCUGAUCAUCCUCAGUGGGUCAAAUCACGUCAAGUCAAGUCAUCCUCCAUUCACAGAGUCAAGACAUCUGGAGACAUCAGCAAAAUCCAGGAUUUUGUCACCGUAGAAGUGCUGAAACUGUAUGGUCUGACACAAGAUGAGAGCCAGAAGACUGACUGGCAGAAGAUGCUCAAAUUUGGCAGAAAGAAGCGGGACAGAGUUGAUCACAUACUGGUCCAGGAACUCCACGAGGAGGAGGCCCAGUGGGUCAACUAUGAUGAGGACGAGCUGUUUGUCAAGCUGCAACUUGCAGAUAGCAUCUUUGAUGCUUUGCUAAAGGACACUGCAAAUGUGUUCUCAGAAAUAUCUGACAAAAAGGCCAAGAGGUAACCUUCUGACCACUUAAUUUUUAAAGUACAACCUCUUGUUCAGUCCCAGUUUUUCCUCGCUGCAGCAAAUUCCAGACAACUGAACGUCACUUGGUCCGCCACCUGCUCAUGUGGCAACAGCAACCCUCCGAUGCCUUCAGUAUCGUAUAUUUCCUGGGUGCUAAACAACUUGGUUACAUCUGUGACACUGAUCUCUUGAAUUUGCUUGAGCUAACUGUUAGGAUUAUCUAAUUUGACACACAAGACACCUCUUGACCAAUCCAGCCUUGCUAAACCUUUACACCAACUGGUCUCAGUUCCCGCCUCCCGGUCAUUUUGUUAAGACCAGUUUGAGAACGAGUGUUGAUGGGAUGGACUGAGCUAUUAAUAAGCACGGGAAAGUCCAUGAAUGCUGCUAAACUGAUUGUUCUACAGUGGACGUUGAUAUAAUGUUCACACAGAACAACAAUAGAUUAUUAAUGUUUGUAGUACAUCUUUAAGGAAAUAUUCACAGAUUCUAAAUUGUAACAUAAAAGCAGAUGAAGAAUAUACAGUGCAAUCUGAUUUAACGGUAACAGCUUUGGAUUUUCAUGGUCAUAUACAGUGAUUUGUGUCAGAAUUGUUGCUCUUCGUGUUCACAUUGUCAAGAGCGGCACAUUCUCUCUCUUUGUCUCUCUCUCUAUGUGCAUAAAAAUCCUAAAGUCACAGAGCAGACUUGGUCUGACUGUACUGUAUUGGAGCAUCACUGACUUAAGAUUUAUGAGAUAUUUUUACUUCUUAAUUAUUUAUUGCAUGAAAAUGUUUGAUUAGAGGAUAAAGGAACAUUGAGAAAUAUAAAUGAUUAAUUUGUCAAUUGUGUAAAGAAAGUCUAAAGUUAUUGAAGCACAAAUAAAAAUGUGAAAUCUGAUAUGGCAAUACAUUUAUAUAGUAGAAACCAGAAAAGAAUACGGAGGAAUUUGUCGUAAUAUUUAAGGCUGUAUUGUUAUUAAUUAACUGAAAAGGUUUGACCUACUGCAACUUUUUUGCUGAUGAUUUUACUGCUGUCCUUUUGGUCUAUAAGGUCAUUGUGCCCCACUUCCAUAUUGUAUUUAGACAUUUGGAGGAAAACAAACACAAACCAGUGUUGAUAGGUUGAAAACAAGUCACCUUUCAAUGGAAACUUUCUCCAAAGGCUUUUUCUGAAUUAUAGCAGUUUUUUGGAGCAAUUGAAGCUGAAGCCCCCAGGUGCUCAGUUCUGGCACGUGUUUUAGCCACUGUAUUUGAUGUAUAGUCAACCACUUUCACUAAAAUAUCAGUCUGUUUUAUCUGUAUGAUGUUUUGUUUUUUUCUUGAGAAUUCAGCUUACCAGUUUUUUUUUUUAUUUCUUAACAGUUGAUAUAAUUAAAAAGACAUUUUAUUAUAAAAUAUGCAAAUGGGACACAAUAGACUGACAGUACAGCUUGACUUAAUAUUUUUGUAAUCAAAUUAUAGGGCAGUAUUGAACUGCUGGAUAAGAGCCUCUCUCAUUUCACAAUUUACUUUCUCCCACCAGAGAAGACACCCACACUGGUCUUGUUUAUUUUAAUUAGUCACUCUGUAAAGGUAACCAGCAGGACAUUUUCUCCCAAAAACCACCUGGUUGUGUAGCAGCAUGGUUAAAUGCUCCACUUGUUGUUCUGGUGCGUUUUACUUCACACCAAUCAGCAAGUUAAAACAAGCCUUACUAAUGUUGCCUGUUCAUCUGUAGCCAUACUACAGAGGUUGAGUUUCCCCAUUCUCAAUUUAAGUGCCUCUUUAAUUUGAAUUAUAUGGAGUUAUAACUGAUCUUGUUGAUGCUUCAACAUCUUUUGGACCUGUUUUUAUUUGAAUGUCUCAACUGUUGCAUACAACCAUUUUCUAAAUGAAUCAAAGAUGGCUGCUCUUCCUUCUCACUGGUUUACCAACAUUUCCAGUUCUUUUGGCCUUAUUGUUGUUUGUAUUUCGAAGGAAAAUGUAGUAGAAGUUGUUUUUCAAACCGUUUCAUUUUCCUGUGCCGCUGCCUGAAUUAAGGCUUUUCUAAAACAAGUCUAAAAGCUAUAGACACAAUUGAGUCAUUUUAUGAUGAUGCUGUAUCAGGAACUGUGUGUCGACUGCACACAGUUCAUCCAGCCAACAGGCUGCAAAGUGUGAGAGCUGAUGUGGACGAGCACGUAUGAUUGUAUCCAAGGACUUGUUUAGGUCCUUCUGUCAGCGCUGCUUUGAUCCAUCAGAACUUUAUAUAAAUAUGUUGAGGAAGGCAUGACAGAGCUCUUUUAUCUUCACUGACGUAUAGUAGAUUAAGUGACCUUUAAACCAGUUGUUUUUUCUACUGUCUGCAUUUCUAUUCAAACUAAAUUAUGUGAAGUAGAAAAAGCCAAAAAUAAAAAACUAAAAAAACAAAAACAAAUAUACCAAUAUCUCCAUGCUGUAUGACUGGUAUGUCUUGUGUGAAGGCAUACUGUAAUGGUGACAUGUUUAGUACUUCAGAAACGAUUUCUGCAUAACCUUCUGGAAUUGUACUUUUGAAUUGAUUGUAUGGGGAAGUGAAAAAAAAAAAGAUUCCUCCGGUAACUAUGCAGUACUUGGUCAUCUUCCUUGUUUUUAUGGAAGUGCCAAACAGCUUUGACCUCUGCUUUAGUCUGUAUAUAGGUUUUCUAGAAGUGUCGAGCUGUUUGGUGUAGGAAGUGCUCCUAUCCACUGGUCUUGGGUCAGCUUUUGUCACAGGGAAACGGAGCAUCUUUACCUCAAAUGAAACGCAUGGGAUGACCAGAGUAAAAUAAUUUGUAAAAAGUAGACACAAAAUAUUUAUCACAAUAACCCGGUAAGGCUAGAUUUCCCUCCUUGUCUUUUGGAAUGUUUAAAUAUUUAUAAUUUUCCGAGUGUGCAUUAAGUGCACCUGAAGACUUGUACAAUUCUUUUAUGGGUGUAAAUAUACCGUCUAUCCAAUUUUGACCCACUGUUACUGUAACCUCAAGAUUGUUGUACAAUAAACACUGUUUGCUUUGCAAAUAUGUACAUAGUAUAUAUUUGUUAACUAAAUGAAAUUUAAAACUGUAAAUAAAGCUUUCAUUGUUUCUGAAGGA